GGCAAGCCACCAAACCCAAAAUAUCAUCUGCAGAUCAAUCAUGAAUUCGAAAUGUUCUAGAGUCCUGUCAAACGAGUCCGCAUCUGCCAAGUGGUAGAGUUGGGAUUUUUUUGCGAGUUGGUUGGGAGUCUAGAUCGGGAAAUUUUUGAGCCGGAGAAUGAUGGCUUGGGUUGUAAGUUGUAAGUUGUCGAUGGUUUGUUUUUAGAUUUGGGGUUUGAUAUAUGAUUAAUGUAGCUUUUCCCAGGCUCUAUCUCUUGCGUCCGUUCUUGAUUAUCUUUUUUUUCCUCUUCAUCUGCGUUGUGGAUGACUGGCUCAUUUCAAUUUCUAUCGUUAUAUUCAUUUAAUAUUAAGGUUUUUAGAACACAUUUUCGCCAAUUGACUUGGUUGACGUAAAGUUCUUUUCUUGCUAUUCUUAUCUACUCAGCAUUAUAAUUCACAAUUAUGAAGUUAUCUACUAUCUUCCUAUCACUCUUGAUUACAAGCAUCUCUUCGCGUCCCAGCCCAGCCGUCCAACGGGAAUCCGGCAUCACUGGUAAGUCUACUCUCCGCCUCAUAUUGUAUGCAACAUGAUACUAACAACCAUCAAGUCGGAGCCGAUGGAUCCACCAAUCUGGGCGGCGAGGCCGGCAUAACCAAGAAACCAAAUGGAUCCACAAGCGUCGGUGGUGAAAGUGGCAUAAACGUCGGAGGAGGCACCAACAGCCAACCACAACAAGCCGCUGGAGCGCGGACUGGGAAUGGUGGCAACAAAAAUGGAACAGAUGGUUUGACCGCGCUAAUCGGAGCACUUAAUGGUGCAUCUAGUGGAAAUAGCACAGGGAAAGCAAAACCUACUGGGACAAGGGGAAACAAACCAAAAGGCACCGGUAAUGCGAAUGGGAAUACGAACUUGCCACCGGGAGUGGCUUCCGAUUCGAGCUUGGCGAGUAUCUUUGGAGCGUUGGAGGGAGCAAAGUAAUUUGUAGAUUGGGAGAACGGUUGUGGGAUGAAUGCUUUUGGGCCGGCCAUGACAUUUGCCGGAAUCCCCAGUUGGAUCAUCUCUAAUGUUUCCAGUUAUGUCAAGCUCUAAGCCGCGCAGGUCCACGG